CAACUCAGUUCAGAUAUCCCAACUUCGGUUAAGCACUGCACAUCAAGAGACAGUCACAUAGCAUAGCAUUCUGUGUGCAUUCCAACUAUUGCCAUAUUCCUCGCUUAUAUCUCUAACCGUUGGACUAUCGAUGGCUUCGUUGAUUUUCAUCUCGCUGUUGUGUGCAACGAUUCUGGAGCAGUAUGUGUCCGAAAAACCUUCCAACUCGUCUGUGACAUACAAUGCUGGGGCAGAUCUGAAGGGCCAGAUGUUCAGUGUGAACAGGGACAGCUGGGUUCAGCUGCAGGCCACUGGUGUUGGUACAUUGACUUCCUUCACGGUGUGCCUGCGACAAAUGUCUGAAUCUGAGACAAACCAGAGAUUCUUCACUCUCAAUAUGAACGGCCAGUUCAUCUCACUCGUGGGCAAUGUCGCACAGAUGAAUUUGACAGUUGGGGGGGACUCUGACUUGUUCAAUAACUUCUUCUACAUGUACAGUAAGAAUACACCCUGGAUCGCACUGUGUUCCACUUGGACAUCCAGCACUGGGAUGGCCCAGGUUUGGAUGGAUGGAAACCCCAGCGUCAGGAAAGGGCUGUGGAGAAAUCAGGUGUUCUCGGGGCAGCCUGUCCUGGCAUUAUAUGGAUUUGUUGGCCAGGUGACAGACGUACAUGUAUGGAGCUAUGUACUUACCCCCUCUGCCAUUGCCAGCUUCUCUAAGGGGUCCGUCAUACAGCAGGGCACGGUGCUGAACUGGCGGAAUGUGCAGUACUCCACUAGUGGGUAUGUGGUCCUGGAGCCAAUGCAAUUCAGUGCGAAAGUAGGAAAAGCCAACCAAAACGAAAUACAGCAAGGAAACAAGAUGAGAGGGAGGGUGAUGAGGCAGGGCACUGAGAGAGCACUGUAAGGUAUUGGCUUAAUUCUGUAAAAAUCUAUGAACAGGUUUUUACAGAAUUGGUGGUUGUUUUCAAAACAGUCUGUUUGAGCUCUAUUCUCAUUAGAAAACGAUUGUUUAUUCAGAUAAACAAGCCACUGUUUUUGUCAGAAAUUUGUAUUUUAUUUUCAGGUUGAUGGAAUUGAUUUAAGCAUUUUAAGUCUCUGCACACAAUAAUAAAGACUCCUAUUCAGUCCCUUUUGGCCUUCUCUGGGUCCACACACCUGAUUUUCAAGUGUUUUUUCUGUGAUUAGCAAAUGCAUUUCAUGUACCUUUUUACAGAAUCAUAAUGGUGUUUUUAAUAUUUUAUUCAAUGUCACAUGAAAAUUCACGAACUUUCUAUAUGCUUACACAUUCAUAUUGGUGUCUUGUCCAAAUAAAAAGGGGGCAGUUUUCCCAAACCCA